AUGGACAAAUGGAAUUUCAUGAAGUCGUCUGGAAUGAGUUCAAAUUUACCAUGGUUGCACCACCAGAACGUAAGACAAGAACCUACGGCAUCAUUGGUAGUUUCCCAUCCGACCUUCAAUAGUCAAGACAAUGAUAAAAGUUUAAGAAAACGUAAAUUUUAUUCGGAUGAGCUAGAAGAGAGAUCGUCUAAUAAAAUGUUUUUGACGGAAGAAAAAAUGAUAAAAGAACUCGAAACAUUAUCACUGGAACUGUCUAAUACUAAUGAUGAAGUAAAUAAUUACACAUUGUCAUCCUUAGCACAGAUAGAUGAUCGAAAAGAACAAACACCAAUUGUCGUUGAGCUAGGAGAAAAUGAUGAUGAAAUUGAUAUUCCCACCAAUUUGACUGAUUUUUCUACAAAAUCAAUUACUGAAACAGAUGAAGACGAUGUACUUGAGACAGCAAAUGAAAAACAACGCUUCGAAUUACAUCAGCUUGUUAAAGAAAAUUGGAAACGAAACGGUAAUCUUAUUGAAACAGACGAAACGAAUUUAUUAAAUAAAUUAUUCGAACUUGAAAGAAAAAAGUUGUCAAUGCAGUUAGUUCCAUAUAUGUCAGUAAUACCGUCACAUUUGAGAACUGAAAAUAUAUCACAAUCCAAUACAUCUGUUAAAAUUGAAGAACAAGUUGAUGAUGAUAAAGAUGUUUCAACAAUAACAGUAUCAACAACAGCAGAAAAUCAAUCAGACAAGAACACAAAUAUAGAUGGCAAUCAUUUAUUUAAAAAACCAUUUGCUGUCAAGAAAAUACCAUCAUCCGAUAAUUAUACAGUUGAAGAACCACCGGAAAUUGAACGAAAGACACAACGAACAAUGAAGAGGAGCUAUUCUCAAUCAGCACGUUUUAAUAACAAUUUGACAAUUGUUGAGAUUAAAGAUAAUAUACCGUCCGAAACAUAUUGUGAUUCAUUUAAUGAUGAUUCCAGAUGCCGAGAAUCACAGCCAUCACAUACUGUUAGUGAACCAGCAACACCAAGGCUUCUGGAUUCAGGAUUAAGUUAUGGAACAUCUUCAUUACCUUUGAAUAAUUCAUCCGUUAGAAUAACAGAAUUUUUUGAUAAAAAUGAUUUUUCGUCUUCAUUUGAUGAUGAUAUGGUGUCCAUUUCAUCUUCUGAUGUCGAGAAAAUGGAUGCUGAUUCCAUUAUUGAUAUGGAAUAA